CGAAGUGACGGGGGAACCAAAAUACAUAGAAUCAAAUAAUAAAACAAGAGGAAAGAAAAAAGAAGAAAACACAAUAGGGGGACAGACUGGAACUACAUUUGGACUUGCAAAGCAAUGUAAAAGUGGAAGUGAUCUCCAUCCGAUGGACUUCAAUCAGCAAAUUCUUCAGCAUCAGCUUCUUCUUAUGGAAACUGAAGUUUCUGAGUUUUGAUUGAAUUAUUCACGCUGUUUCUGAACGAUGUGACGUUGGUCACUGUUUCUGGCUGGGAACUUUUCAGACGGACUUGUGACAUUUAAAACUUUGGAAAAGAGUUUGAGCUCGUUUUUGUCUUUCUAUUGGAUUUUCUAUGGGAUCGUUUGGGAUGCGACCAGAGGAGAGGCGCUGACCAACGCAGCGCUUGCACAAUUCCUUUUUGGGGGUCACUUUUCAUUUCAUAACCUUGCAUGGUUUAUUUUAAUAUUGUAUACUUGUUUUAUUGAUAUAUUCGGUGCGUUUACGUUCAGCUUUUCAUUCAUUGGAACUCAUGGAGUGCAUGUUUAAACGCAAAUAAACUGGAUUAUUCUCCAAUUAACGUGAGCUUUAAAAACAGAUCAGCGGAACAUUCACAACUUGUCGGAAAAAGAUCAAAUUCAAUUUGGAGAUUAUGAAGGAUCAAAAACGCACACUAAUCUGAUUUUGUAAUUUUUUACGGAUUAAACGAGCAGCUCAGAAAAACGUGAAUUGUUGAACGAUGACGGGGAGAGUUGUUGGAUUUACGCUUUUUAUCACUGUAAUACACAUUUGCACAGGAUCCCGACUGCGACAAGAAGACUCUGCGCCCCGCAUCGUGGAACACCCCUCCGAUCUUAUUGUAUCCAAGGGCGAGCCCGCCACCCUAAACUGCAAAGCAGAAGGACGGCCCACCCCCACCGUGGAGUGGUACAAGGAUGGAGAACGAGUGGAAACAGACCGGGACAACCCUCGAUCCCAUCGCAUGCUCCUGCCCAGCGGCUCUCUCUUCUUUCUGCGUAUCGUACAUGGCCGUCGCAGCAAACCCGAUGAAGGUUCCUACGUUUGUGUGGCCCGUAACUACCUGGGAGAAGCGGUUAGCCACAACGCCUCACUGGAAGUAGCUAUUCUCCGUGAUGACUUCAGACAGAACCCUGUGGAUGUGAUGGUGGCGGCGGGUGAGCCAGCAGUCAUGGAGUGCCAGCCGCCCCGCGGGCACCCAGAACCCACCAUCUCCUGGAAGAAAGAUGGAGUCACAAUAGAUGACAGAGAUGAAAGGAUAACGAUACGAAGUGGAAAACUGAUGAUCACAAAUACCAGGAAGACGGAUGCAGGAAAAUAUGUUUGCGUGGGAACCAACAUGAUGGGCGAACGAGAGAGCGAGAUAGCAGAGUUGACCGUUCUUGAGAGGCCCAGUUUCUUGCGAAAGCCAAGCAGUCAGUCUGUACUUGUGGAUCAGAGCGCUGAGUUUAAGUGUGAAGCUCAAGGAGACCCCGUGCCCACCAUUCGCUGGAGGAAAGAGGAUGGAGAAAUGCCCAAGGGACGGCAUGAGAUAUGGGAGGAUCAUACUCUUAAACUGAAGAGACUGACAUCAGGAGAUGCUGGUACUUACACCUGUCAGGCUGAAAACAUGAUGGGGAAGACGGAGGCCAGCGCCACCCUCACCAUCCACGUUCCUCCAGUGUUUGUGGUCAGACCCAGGAAUCAGGUGGCCGGGAUGGGACGCACCGUGACUUUUCAAUGUGAAGCAACAGGAAGUCCUCAGCCAGCCAUCUUUUGGCAGAAAGAAGGCAGUCAGAACCUGCUGUUUUCCUCCCAGCCACCACCGCCAUCCAGUCGUUUCUCAGUUUCUCAGACGGGUGAUCUGACCAUCACGGCGGUGGAGCGUUCGGAUGGAGGCUAUUACAGCUGUCAGGCUCUGAACAUCGCUGGAAGUGUUAUCACAAAAGCCCUGCUGGAGGUGACAGAUGUGAUUUCAGACAGACCUCCGCCCAUUGUCCUCCAGGGUCCUACCAACCAGACUGUGGCCGUGGACGGAACAGCAGUCCUGGGAUGCCAAGCCACCGGCACUCCGACUCCCACCAUCCUGUGGAGGAAAGAUGGAGUGCUGGUGUCCACCCACGACUCUCGGCUCAAACAACUCGACACGGGAGCUCUGCAGAUCCGUUACGCCAAGCUGGGAGACACUGGAAUGUACACCUGCACCGCUUCCACCCCCAGUGGAGAGGCAUCAUGGAAGGCUUACCUGGAGGUGCAAGAGUUUGGUGCACCGGUGCAGCCCGGCAGACCCACAGAUCCAAACCUGAUCCCCAGUGCCCCUUCAAAACCAGAAGUCACGGAUGUCAGUCGCACUUCUGUGUCUCUGUCCUGGAAGCCCAACCUGAACUCUGGGGCCACGCCCACCUCUUAUGUCAUAGAGGCCUUUAGCCAUGCAGUGGGCAGCAGCUGGCAGACACUUGCGGAUCACGUGAAGGCGGAGAGAUUCGUUCUGAAGGGGCUCAAGCCCAGUGCUGUCUACCUGUUCCUGGUGAGAGCAGCUAAUGCAUAUGGCUUGAGCGACCCCAGCCCAAUCAGUGACGCUGUUAAGACACAAGACAUCCCACCAACAAGUCAGGGUGUGGACCAUGGGCAGAUCCAGAGGGAACUGGGAGAUGUUGUCAUUCAUCUCCACAAUCCCACAAUCCUCUCUUCGUCUUCCGUCAGAGUCCAGUGGACAGUGGAGCAGCAGUCGCAGUACGUUCAGGGUUAUAAGGUGAUGUCCCGGCCAUCCCCGGAGGGCGCUCAGCAGCGUGUGGAAUGGGCCGUGUUUGAGGUUCGAACCCCAGGGGAGCACAGUGCAGUCGUCACGCAGCUCAGAAAGGGCGUGACCUAUGAGUUCAAAGUACGACCUUUCUUCAAUGAGUUCCAAGGCACCGACAGCGAUAUCAAAGUGGGCAAGACCCUUGAAGAAGCACCCAGCGCCGCUCCCAGGGGGGUCACUGUAACAGGAAGUGGUGACAACGGCACAGCUAUCCUGGUAACUUGGCAACCGCCUCCAGAGGAGGAGCAGAACGGUGUGGUACAGGAGUAUAAGAUCUGGUGUGUCGGAAAUGAAAGCCGAUACCACAUUAACCGCACCGUAGACAGUUUUACAUUCUCGGUUGUGAUCCCGGGCCUGGUCGCCGGGGUCCCGUACAAGGUGGAGGUGGCCGCUAGCACAGGGGCCGGUCCCGGGGUGAAGAGCGAGGCCGCGUCUUUCCAGUUGGACUCUUCGGGCCGUAUGGUUUCGCCGUUGGAUGUGGAAAACACGAUUUCUCAGCAGAUCUCAGAUGUGGUUCGGCAGCCGGCGUUCAUUGCGGGCAUUGGUGCGGCAUGUUGGAUCAUUCUCAUGGUCUUCAGCAUCUGGCUGUACCGUCACCGUAAGAAAAGGAACGGCCUCAGCAGCAGCUACGCUGGUAUCCGCAAAGUUCCCUCUUUCACCUUCACACCCACAGUGUCCUAUCAGAGAGGAGGAGAGGCUGUGAGCAGUGCGGGAAGGCCGGGUUUGUUGAAUAUAGGUGAGACGGCCAAUCAGCCCUGGCUGGCAGACACCUGGCCAAACAGCUGCUCCAAUCACAAUGACUGCACCAUCAACUGCUGCACCGGCAGCAAUGGCAACAGCGACAGCAACCUGGCCACCUAUAGCCGCCCAGCCGAUUGCAUCGCCAACUACAGCAACCAGAUAGACAACAAGGCGAGCAACCUGCUGGCUCCAGACACGGGUCUCUACAGCGAUGUGGAUCUCUCAAACAAGAUCAACGAGAUGAAGACAUUCAACAGCCCCAACCUAAAGGACGGCCGUUUUGUGGGGCCCGGUGGUCAACCUACGCCCUACGCCACCACACAACUCAUCCAGUCCAGCCUGGCCAACAACAAUGUGAACAGCAGCAGUGGAGGAAGUGGAGGAGGAAGUGCCGACCUCAAUGAGAAACAAAGCUGGAAGGGAAGCCAGGGAACCCCUCAGAAACAGUCUGACAUCAAUGUACCACUUCAGUACAACAUCAUGGAACAAAACAAACUGAAUAAGGACCACUACCGAUGUGAGGGCCCCAUCUCAGGCACCAUCCCCUAUAACCAGGCCCAGGACACCCACACUGGAGGCACCUACAGCAGCUCGGACAGGGGAAGCAGCACCUCUGGAAGUCAAGGGCAGAAAAAAGGAGGACGAAUAUCUAAACAGGCCAAACAGAACACAAUGAAUUGGACCGAACUGCUACCCCCUCCUCCAGCUAAUCCACCAAUGUGUCAGGAAUACACCCUUGCAAUGGACAACAGCUAUGACACAGAUCUCCAGUGCCCUCUGCCACCCUCUCGGAUGUACCUGCAACCUAACGAGCUAGAGGAGGAAGAGGAAGAGGUGGAGCUAGAACGGGGACCCACACCACCCGUGAGAGGAGUGGCCUCCUCCCCUGCCACUGUGUCCUAUAGUCACCAGUCUACUGCUACCCUUACCCCAUCCCCACAGGAGGAGAUGCACCCCAUGCUGCAAGACCCAGACGGUCUACACGAGCGCAGACGGCUCUUGGUGAGUCCUCCACCUCCGCCACGCCCUCUUUCCCCUCCACACACAUAUGGCUACAUCUCCAGCCCCCUCGGCUUGGACACGGAUGGCCUGGAGGAAGAGGAGGACGAUGAAGAAGGUGAUGAGACAGAUGCGGAGGUUGCUCUGGUCCACCAGCACCACACCCAGCCGCACCAGCAGCUAUUUGCCCAGCAGAGGGCUCUCUUGCGAGGGCUCGAGCAGACCCCAGCCUCCAGCACCUGUGAUCUGGAGAGCUCCGUGACCGGGUCCAUGAUUAACGGUUGGGGCUCCGCUUCAGAGGAAGAUAACGCUUCAUCGGGACGAUCAAGCGUUGUUAGCUCAUCGGAUGGAUCUUUUUUCACCGAUGCUGAUUUCGCCCAGGCCGUGGCGGCUGCGGCUGAGUAUGCUGGGCUACGAGUGGCUAAACAUUCUGGAAAAGGCCAGCUGCCAGUGUCUGGAGCAGCACGGAAAUACCAAAACCUCCCUCCGGGACACCGUCCAGGCAGCCCAGUGUCCACAGACAGUAACGUUAGCGCAGCUCCGGGUCAGAGGAGGCCCUUAAAGAGACAGAAACAACAUCCAGCUGCUCAGACAGGCUACCAGCGCAGAGAGGUCUACACAGAAGAUCUGCCUCCUCCUCCUAUUCCUCCCCCAGCCAUGCUUAAGUCACCUACACACCCAGCUAAAACCAUCCCUGAGGGUCCAUGGGGAGCCAUGUCUCCCAGAUCCAGUUCUGCUGAUGGCAAGGACAAGCGAACUGGUUCGGGAGGAUCCAGACUCAGGGAGGGCACCCGGACAAGCUCCUCAGAACGGCAGGAGGCCCAGGACUUACAAAGGGGUCAGAGAACAGGAAAAAGCAGCAAGCAAGAGGCCGCUGCCGGUGCGAAGAGCCGCCAGCACCCAGGCUCAGAGGACAUCCUACCUUAUAGUCGUCCCUCUUUCCCAGCCGUCCACAGUCCUCGUGGGGAAAGAGACCCCAGUUCUUCAAGUUCACUGUCCUCUCGGGGGUCCGGUGGGCGGCGACGAGGAGAGGGGCUUCCAGGGGCCCGCCGAAACCCUGCAGAUAUUGGGCUGAACACCAUAGGAGCCUUCCAGACAGGAGGGGAGGAACUUGAGAUGGUGGAGAGCUGAAGAUGAUAAAAAAAAUACUGCUGUCCAAACUUCCCCAGCAACCAUCUUCAAGCGCAGUUUGACCAUUGCGACGGUGUCUUUUAAUGAAAACUACCGACCCUGACUUACACCACAUUUGGAAAACUGACCAACCAUUAAUACAUUUCUUUACCUUAAUGUCAAUGUGCAUUUAAAGAAGAAAAAGUACUCAGAAGAGUUAAAAGAAGGGUACGUUCAAGGGGCUAAAACAGUUUUGUUUGUUUGAUUCCAAUGCAAUAUGAUGUGUCUGUAGCCCCAGAAACUGAUUAUGGCUUUGUUCACCUUGGCAAGAAGGUUGUCAGUCAACUGUUACUGUAAUGAAACUUCUGGCACAAAGGGACUGACUGAGAUGUACAUAAACGUGUAUACAUAUCUAACUGUCUUUUAUAAUCCAUUGUGGUACAUUAAAUUGGUCUUCCUUGGCUUAUUUGAAUCAUUUAAUAUUUCUAUUAGGCCAGUUAAUAUAAAAAAUUUUAUAGCCUCCAUCCUGGUUGUAAAUUGUCAUAGUGUUUAAACUGCUCCAGGAAAAGUGCCACAUUCUGAGAGUUAAUGUUUGUUCGUUAUUGUUUUUUAAUUUUAUUUUUUUGUAAUGCACUGUUAUUCUUUAUUGUCAUUGUUUGUUGUUAUUUGUUUGACUUUGGUUUUAAAAGCACAAUCACUAAACUUUAUUUUGAAUCAUUUUAUUGAUUAACCUUUUUGUCUUGCGCGAGGAGAGCGAGUGCACGGUACGACAAAAGGCCUUGUUAAACCUGUCGAUGUAGGGUUUUGAGAAAUGAAAAAAAGGAUAAGCUGUUUACAAACGAGUGAAUGAAUGGAAAUGAAUCCCUGCAUCCUUACCUUCCGUGUCUUUUCCAGAUUCUCAUUCCAGCUCAAGAUAUCCUGUGAAAUAAAAAAUAAAUGAAAUGAAUGCAGGGAUUUUGUUUACGAAAGUAUUGGUCAUCUCUGCACUUUCGUUCAAAAAAGAAAAUGUUUUCAACUUUCAUAUGCACUUAAAGAGACAUUUGACAACAGGAAGUGGGUGCCGGUUUGAGAAUCUGGCUGAUGGCCCACCUUUCUCAGGUUGGUUGUGUCAGUCACAUUCUAAAAAGGGUAAGGAUGUGAGUGUUAAUUCAUUUGACAUCUGCAAGCAUUUGUUUCUUAAAACAAAAAAAAAACAAAAACAAAAAAACAUAAAAAUGAAGAAAAAAAUAAAUCAAAAUACUGA